AAUUUUACUACACAACUUGAACGCUGCAGCUUCCGUUGUAUAUAUUUGCAGCAGCCAUAUUGUAUUUCUGUCCGUCAAGGGUAUCGGAAGGCACAGAGCAAGACAACAUGUACGGCUUUGCAAAAGCUACAGUCAACCUUAGCGGCCAAGCGGUGAGGCAUGUGAGACAUGGAUCCACUGUCUCCAAGGACUUCCACUCAAAGUAUGGCACAGUCGUGUUGCUAGGUGGAGCAGCCUUCUGCACAACUGUGUGGGGAUAUGUUUUAACUCAGGCUGGUAUCACCUGGAAUCUGUCCCCAGUCAAGAGGAUGAUGCCCAAAGAGUGGAGGGAGGCUGAGGAGUGAAGGGCCAACAUGACACUUCUGCACCCAAACCAAGAAACCUUCUGAUUGUACAGAUUAAUAACAAUUACCAGUCAGUAAAUUACUGUUUAUUCCAACGUUUUGUUCAAAUAAAAUGUGAUUCUACUGA